AUGAUAGAUUACAGAAGGGAUGGAUCAGAAGAUCUAGAUCUCCUUUUGGUAGUCCGUCAUAAAGUUAUUAUUAAUACAGACCAUAAAAAUAUUAAAUUCCUUCGCGAACAGUAUGCUAUCGGUAUCAAUUCAAGAAUUAACCGUUGGUUGCAGUUUAUCGAGUUAUUUGAUCCUACAUUGCAUUACAUUAAAGGUGAAACUAAUGUUGUACCAGACGGAUUAUCUCGAUACACUGUUGGUGUUAAUGUAAACACUCUUAGAGUUUCGUAUGAUAACGACUUGUUAGAUGAUAUCCGAUACGGUUAUGAUUUAGAAUCUAAAAUGAUAGAGAAUAACGAAAUUAAAUUAUAA